AUGACUGGUUCUCUGUAUUGGGAUGAUAGACAGGUCCUUCACAAUUUUAGUUCAAGAAUAAUUCCGGGACCCCGUUUCGCGGGUUUGAAACCCGGGCCUCCCCGCCCCUCCCGAAACGCUGCAGGUACUAAACAGACAAGAACCUUGAAACAAGAUGCUUCAAAAAGGAAAGCAGAAGUAGAAGCAGCUGUGAAAAAGAAGAUUGAAUUUGAGAGAAAAGCUCUACGUAUUGUUGAACAACUUUUAGAGGAGAAUAUUACUGAAGAGUUCCUAAAGGAGUGUGGGAAGUUUAUCACUCCUGCUCACUACAGCGAUAUUGUGGAUGAACGAUCUAUCAUCAAACUCUGUGGUUACCCUUUGUGUCAGAAGAAAUUGGGAACUGUACCAAAACAGAAAUAUAAAAUUUCUACCAAAACCAAUAAAGUCUAUGAUAUUACUGAAAGAAAGCUAGGAUUACAAGCCACCAAGUCUUUUUGCAGCAAUUUUUGUUACAAAGCAUCUAAGAUUUUUGAAGCACAGAUUUCUAAUACUCCAGUAUGGGUUCGAGAAGAAGAGAGGCAUCCUGACUUUCAGCUGCUACAGGAAGGACAAAGUGGCCAUUCAGGAGAAGAAGUGCAGUUCUGCAGUAAAACCAUCAAAACAUCAGAUAUUGACAACACUUGUCAUUUUGAAACGCAAUAUGAGUCUAGUUCUUCUAGCAUUUACAGUGAUAGUAACAGUGAUAAUGAACAAGACUUUGUUUCCUCCAUUCUACCAGGAAGCAGACCAAAUGCAAAGGGUCCAAGGCCACAGCUGCACAAGAAAAGCAUAAUGAAAAAGAAAGCUGGUCAGAAAGCUAGCUCAGAGUGCAAAGAUAUAGAGCAAGCAGUUGUAGAUGUUGCUGCACAGUUAGGUAAUUGUAGCUUAGAUGAUCAGGAGAAAGCUGCCCAUGAACUUCCUCCUUCACAGAAGGUAAAUGCUCCAAUUUCUUCAAAUAGUCCUUCGCAUGAGAAAUUAAAUGCUUCAGCAGAUUCUGAAGGCAAAUACAGUAUGUCAGAAAUAACACUUGUGGGCCUAAGUAAGAAAAGUGCUGAACAUUUUAAGAGAAAAUUUACAAAAUCAAGCCAAGUUUCUAGGUCAGACUGCAGUUCAGCACAGGUGUGCCCUGAAGUCAUGAAGACAAACUUACUUAAAGUUCUGAAAGAGACUUUGAUUGAAUGGAAGACAGAAGAAACUUUGAGGUUUUUGUAUGGCCAGAAUUAUACUUCUGUGUGCUUAGAACCCUCUUCAACCUCUCUCGUUAAUGAAGAACUAGAUGAAGAUGACAUAAAUUCCAAUCCAGGUUGUCAUUCCCCAUCUCAGAACAGCCUCGAUCAGUCGUUACCUUUUAGAUGCUCAGAUACAGCCAGCAAACCAGUGCCAAGUUAUGAGGACUUGAAAAAAGAAACUGAAACCCUGAAUAUGAGGAUCAGGGAGUUUUAUAAGGGACGAUAUGUUUUAAAUGAAGAAACUUCCCAAUCACAAGACUCAGGAGAGCCUGAUCCCACCUUUCCGCUGGUAGAUUCAAGUUCCCAGAACCAGAUAAGAAAGCGCAUCGUCCUUGAAAAACUGAGUAAAGUAUUGCCUGGACUUUUAGGUCCUCUUCAGAUUACAGUAGGAGAUGUUCACACUGAACUUAAAAAUCUUGUCCGCACAUUCAGACUAACAAAUAGAAAUAUUAUCCAUAAACCUUUGGAGUGGACUUUAAUUGCUGUCGUGUUGCUGUCAUUAUAAUCUCACAGCUUUCUGGCGUGUAAGGAGUGUUGCCUGCCAUCUGGGUUCUCUGGCUUUGGAAAUCAGUGGGACCUCUCGGGACUGCCUUAGAAAUGCUGCUACAGAACAAUUUGAGGAACUGGCUCCAGGACAUCUGUGAGGGAUCACUUCAUGCAGGUGCUUGAUGUACUCGUCAUAUAUAUCACCCAGAAUUAUUCAAGCAAUAAUUCAGACUUGCUGUGAUUUAGUGUUACAGAGGGGUGUAUGAUGGAAACACCCCUGUGUUUCAGUGUGAAUGCAGUGAGUGAAGCAAUAGGGACCAGAGUAAGGGAAGCCAUUUAAAAUCCAAAGUUCACUACUAUUGUUACACUACAUGAAAUGGUUAUCAUCAGUUGUUCAGUUUUCCUUGCUCAAUAAACCAAAACUUUCCUAUAGGUUUCUCUGUUGACAGACAUAAUUAAGCCUCAGAAAUUACCUAUCUGUCCCAAGUUUAUACCUUAGUUUGUACAGCUUUAAAUUUCUUUGCUUAUAAUAUAUACUUAAUCACACGUAGAUUUUUAUGCCUAUCAUCCCAGCUACCAGGGAGGUAUAACUAGAAGUUUCAGGCCUUGGAGAAAAGCAGGACUCAAAUACAAAAAUAAAUAGGGCUGGGGUCUAAUUCAAAGGGUAGAAUACCUGCCUGUAAGGCCAUGAGUUCAAACUCCAGUACUUCCCAAAAAAUAAAAUCAGUUAUCACACUUAAAACUUUGAAACUGGUUCUUACUACUGUAUAUCAUAAAUCCUGUUAACCACAUGUUGUUUGCUAGCUCAGAAAUAACAAAUGGAGGGUGCUUGUCCUAACCUGACUUGUGUUCCCUCUUUUUGAUGUGGAACAUAUGUGGAGCAGUCAGCUAGGUAAAGGUCUUAUCAAUAAGAUGCUGUUUGACACUUGGCUUUUUGCUUUUGUUGCCAUGCCACUUACCAUAUGGUAAAGAAUAAAAGCCUCUUGUCUUUUCAGGAUUGAGGUUUGAACCAGUGAGAAGUUUCCUCUUGCUUGUGAUUUGUACAUUGCAGACUUUUAUGAUGUGUUUUCAAAUUCUCUAGCAUAUAGAUUGCUUUAAAAUCAUCCUUAUUAAAGUGUUACUUUUAGCGGUAUUUUCUGCAGAAACAUGUUAAAUAUCAACUCUGGAGUAUUACUGUUUUUUAGUUAAGUAGAA